CGGAACGAUUUAAAUAAUUUAAAGACAAACUGAUAAGCUAUAAAGACCGUAUCUGUGAUCCCAAGAGCUUUUAGUGGCAGGAAAAUAAAGAGGCUGUUUUAAUCUUUUGUAAAUUAAACGCCAAAUCGAAGUCAAAAUUUCAGGUAAGGCAAUAGAUUAUACGUAACUUCACUAACGCGGCAAAGUUCUAAGCUUACACUAUACUCACAAUAUUUGAGAAACGAUCUGAAGUUCCCAUAGUAAGGCAAAUAACCGUUUUCUUUUCGAAGAAACGUUAAGUUCCAUAAAUUUUAGCAAUAUUUAACAUAUUUUGCCCGACCGGUAUAUCUUAAUUCGUUUUUAAUAUGCUUGGCUAAUUAAAUCACAUCGAAAUAUUACACAUAUUAAUUCGAGCUUUAAUUCAUGUCCUGUUUCAUAUAUUGGUCUAUAUAUACUAUUACUAGUAAGGAUUUUAUGUUUGGAUAAUAUUGUUCCGGAUAAAUAGAACAGGAUUUAUCAAAGAACAAGACUAUGCAAUACAGCGCUAACCUGCUUGGGAUCGGUACAAUUCACUGAUUCAAUUCCGACGUCCGAUUUAAGUGGGGUUUGUUAAAUUUUUAAGUGUUUACUUAUAAGAACAAACUAAUAUGAUUUCAUACACAUAUCUAUACAUUUACGCGUAAAAUAUAGAACAGCAAAAUGAUAUAGCUACUAGCUAGCUGUAUGAAUAUCGACAAAGCUGAUUUUAUAAGCAGUUUUACGAUUCGAGGCUUUUAAAUCGAUGCUUUAAUAAACGUGGCCCUCACAUAUUUUAGGGAUUAAAAUUUUAAGUGAAAGUCAUAAAACUUUGUCGCCAAACCGUGGGCGGACAAAAGCUACUUAAUUUGGCGAAACAAAAACUCACAGUGACAGAAGCACUCACUCUUUGCACAGUUAAUAUUUGAAACCGCCAUGUUUUACAGGCUUUAGCCUGCGAACAGGCACUUAUAAUUCUAAUGUAUUACGUAAUAUAAUAGUGAACUGGCCGCUCACUGGCUACAAACUAAAAUCACACAAAAUUGCAAACACACACACACCUACUCACACGAUAGCAAUAGAUCUGCCGAAAAAUAUUGCAUCUUAAAUAUUCUUAAUAUUUUGGUGUAAAUGGCUUGUAAUGACGUGCCUGAUACAUUUUUCUUUAGAAUUCCAACGACAGCCAAGUAAUGAAUAUCACUCCUACGAAUUCCAUCGAUCUAUAUCCAUUCGACCCUACACCUAUCGUGUUAGCGAAAUGUAUAUUUGGAGUUGUGGUAAACUCUCUUCUACUCAUUAUCAUAAUUCGCAACCCUUUGAAAAAUCUACGAAAACGAGGCUGCCACACCAUUACAAGCUUGGCAGUUGCGGAUUUAAUUUCAAACAUAGGGGGCAUCGGUUUAUGCUUCUACGAUUACAAAUCACGUCAAGAUCCAGCGAAUUUUUGGCCUGUGAAAUCUUACUACACCAUCGUCCAUAUUGGAUUCUCUGCUUCGUUUUUGAUGCUGUUUCUAUUGAGCGUCGAGGUCUACAUCAUCACAAAGUACCCGCUAACUGCGCAUCUCAUGUUAACAAGACGAAAAAUACUUUGGAUUAUAUUUUUCCUAUGGUUGGCGUCAAUUCUAAUAGCUUCUAGUAAUUUUUGGACAGUCGAUUACCCAUUUGCAGUAUUUGUUGUUGUUCUAUCCGUGCUGGAAAUAGCAGUAAUGGCAGUGAUAAUAUUUCGGAUUUUGGUCAUUUUAAACAUGCGGCGAAAUCGUCGAGAAGUCGCGCAACUCAUGCCGGACGGUUCUGCGAACGAUAGCGGACUGACCAUAUCGUUUUUGUUACUUUUUGUUGUGUAUUUGGUGACUGCAUUCCCAUACCUUGUCGCUGAGCAGGUGCAUCUGUUGUGGCAUAUUAAACCCGAGUGGAACAUUAAUUUCGAUCACGCUGUUAUAGCUUACAGUUUACCAUUUGCACACUUAAACUAUUUGAUAAAUCCUCUGGUUUAUGCCUACCGUAUGCCCGAUUAUAGAAAUGGUUUAAUUUCGUUGUUAACUUGCCGGAAAACAACGCGGGAUAACGUUCCAAGGACUCCUGCAUCAGAUGGCAGGAGAACGUUUCAAACUUUUAUUGUCAGUGCAGCGUUGAGAAGCAGCGACAACAGUUUACAACUGUAAAGUCAGUUAGUAAGAGCCGGUACGACUGAUAGAUAUUCUAAGAGUGUAUACACAAAACUAGUCUUAGAUCUUAUUUUGAUAAUAGCUUACGUAGCGGCGCUGGGGGAUUUUUCAGCUAACUUAUUACUUUUUAAAUAUUAUAGAGAACUAAUGUUUUCCAAAGUGAUGAACUUUGAUGAGAAACGGGCCAACGGCUGAACUAAAAAAAAUAUAGUUGAAACAGUCAGUAAACUCAGUAUCUUCUCUGAGCUCAACCAAACUCUAUCUAGGUAUCUCCUCCACAGAGGCUUACGUGAAGUUUUCAGUGAUGGGAAGAUCUUCCCAUCAUUCACUGCGCACUUUCUUCGCUCUUUGGCCAAGAAACGGUACUUUGGAAUUGGAAAUACUUAAAAGAUGGCUCUACGGAGGAUCAAACUGUAUUUCUAAGUUUAAUUUCGCUACACUGUGAUGUCAAAUAACUAAUUUCAGUGAAUAAAACGUUUUUAACGUGUAAUAUAGAGUUGCUAUAUUUGGUAUCAGGUGUCUGUAAGGUAGAGACUAGAGAGUAACAACCUUUUCAUGGAUCUAUUAUUAUUUUCAUGUAUACAGCGUGGUCUCUAAUGUAUUGACGAGUACGUAGAGUUGAAUGUUUAACAAAUUGAUUCUCUCCACAACCAACAUUCUCCCGCUGUCUUGGUCUCUUAAACUCUUUCUCUCCCUCUGGAACGUCUGAGUAUGUAAUGUUUUGUCUUUGACUAAGAUCAUCUUGCUGAUCAACAAGAACGAAUGUGUAACGCUUUGUGAAAGGCCAAGGCAGAGCGCCAUCUCGAUCACUCUUCAUCAAGCAUAUGUACACACCCAUAUAUCCCGAAUGGCCACGCGGUCCUUCAUUCAGAUAGACCUCCAAUUUCAUUUUGUAACCAUGACUGGAGAAAAAAGGUUCACUUUCGAUAUCACCACAGUCAUUGUUAGAUUUUGCUUGAGCUAACUUUCUUGUGAAGUUUGCUAUCUUCCAAGUAUAAUCUGCUUCAGGUUCCUGGUGAGGUAAGGGUCCUCGAGGAAACUGCAUUCCCAGUGGAGCAUGCGCAGCUCCGAUGGCCUGUAACACUUCGAUUUUUUGCCCAAGAAGUCUCACAUCUUCAUCGUGCUAGAACAAUAAAAAUUAAAAACUUUACUGGAAAAAUAUCACUGUCUUAUAUAUAAAUAUCACUGUCUGAUAUAGUUUCUCAUGAUAUAAACGCAGUUGGGAC